AUGCAGAGCGAACACACGUUGGACGAACCAGUAACGUUAAAGUUCUGCUACGGAAUUAACGAAUCGCUUAGCAGUGUGCACGUGAUAAGGAAGCCACAACAGGAAGGAGACACGACCGGUGAAUAUGGAGAUCCCCUCAUUGUCUACAGCUCGGAUAACAAUAUCGUCAUAGUGGAUGAAAAGAAGCAGCUCCUCUUUAGGGGACAUGUUAACAAAAUUUCAAAAUUGAUAAAAAGUUGUAACAAUGAAUUUAUCGUUUCUUGCGAUAAGGGAAAGGACUCUUUCAUCAUUUUGUGGAGGCUAAACCAGAACUGCUUAGUUCCUGUGAAGAAGUUUUUUUUUCACAGUUCUCAUGAGCCCAAAAAGGGCACCGAUGGGGAGGCAUUCCAAAGGAAAAAUAGUCCAAGUGAUGUUAACAGCCCCAAUGCGGGAACCCAGGAAGGAGUGAGUAAUAGACACGGUGACAUCACCCAAGCAGGGAACGUAGGAUACGAGUGCGUGGACAUAAGUUUUGACAACAGGUACAUAUGUGCACUGACGGAGAAGCAACUCUACACUAAGGGUAGUGAAAGAAACACACAGGGGGAAUCAAUCCAGCAUAACAACACCCUGAGAAACAAUACGAGUGCCGUUUUUUACCAAGAAGUCGUCAUUUUCGACACGAAUGGAGGGGAAGACAACAUUGUGUGUAGAGACAAAAUAUACGGAAAGCAGAGUCAGGAGAAAAUUCGAUUCAAUAAAAAGUACGAAAUAAUCUCCAACAGCAAAUCCAAGUUAUAUAUUUACAAUUUUGUCAAGAAACAUAGAACCAUUACCCAUUAUAGUCCUUCCUUAUACAAAAGUAACAUAAUAAAUGAGCGCUUCAUUUUUACGGAGACGUCAUUUGUGGAUAAUUCCACAAUGCUCCUAACAGGCACAACAAAUGGUUACCUCAUUGUCUGGGACUACAGUUCCAUUUUUUUGAGUAAAACAAAACAGACUGUUAAACAGAGGGAAUAUCAAAAGUACCUAGAAAUAAGAAAAGACAUUCCAAUAAAUAUUGUACAGAGUUAUGGAAAUUUUGUUAUUUUAGGACUCAGUGAUGGAAGCGUCCAGGUGUUUGAUAAAGACCUUAAAUGUUAUGCAUGGUUUGAGAAUAUCCAUGUGGGGCAAAUUAAAUCCAUAUCCUUUGAGCUGUCUAAUUUUGAGGAGGACUUCUUUGCAUGGAACUCCUUCAUCAUAUUCACUGAAAAAAACGUUAUUAAGCAAAUAUACCCCUCCAGUUUUAAUGACAUCCACGGUGCACAACUGGGAACAGGCGAAAAACACACCCAGGGGAAAGUCACCACACCAAAUGGUGCUAACAAUUCACUGGAGCAGAAAUCACAGACAGAGAAUAAAGUGCUGCUUCACUUUGACAGCUCCUGCAUCACCUGCAUAUGCACCAACCCAACUAGCCAAAAAAACGUCAUAUACAUUGGGAAUGAGAACGGGCUAAUCGAAAUCUUCGACUUUGACAAAAAUGAAAAACUACACUCAAUAUGCUUGACAUCCAAAGAAAUCGUAUCUAUGCUUUUCAGCAACAGUGGAAGUAUACUCUGCGUGGGAUGCAAGUGCGGAUUCAUUCAGUUGAUCAAAGCCGAUAACCUGGAAAUAUUUUUCUCGAGCAGAGAUAUGAAAUACCAAGUGACGUACCUGUACUUCAGUGAGGAUGAUAGAAUCCUCAUUUCUUCCUCCCGAAAUGCUAAUAUGAUCAUUUAUAAAAAUGAGAAUUGUGCUAAUCCCUUCGACUGGAAGUUUGCCUACAGAAUUGUUAACAAUAAUAAUAUCACAUUCACCGAUUUGAAAAUCGUCAAACAAAUUCACAAAAAAAAUUAUUACAUCAUUGUAGGCAUAACGGACAACAGGUACAUUAUCUUCUAUCAUUACAACUUUUCCGAAAAUAAUGUCACCAUAUCGUAUUUACCUGUAGAACAGAUUUACGCCCCAACGUGCCUUUCGCAAAAUCUGUACUUUUACGAUAGACAAAUAUUAUGCAUCUGCAAUGAAGCCUCCAAAAUACGCUUCUUCGACUUGGAGACCAAAAAAAUCGUAAAAACGGUGCACCUCCCGUUUAGGGAGAAAAACGUGAAAAAGUUUCUGCCCCUUACGGAUUAUGGGGAAGACGCUACUCCCAUCCAUGACACCCCUCACGGAAAGAACAAAUCAACCGAACCAGCUAAACACAACCUGGAAAAAAACAACAUCUUCCUCUUUGUGCUGAACGAAAAAAUGAUCGUGUUCACGCAAACCCCGAUAGACGCAAACUGCUUCCGUUACAUCGGGGUAAUCGUCUCCAGUGGGACCAUACAAAAUGUCAUUUCGAAAAAUCAAAACAUUUUCAUACUGAGUAACAACAAAAUCUUCUACUACCAUAUUAACGCUAACGUGUUAAAAAAAAACAUAGAGGUGCAGAGCAACACUCUGCAAAAUUUUAUCGAACAAAUUGGAGGAAAAACCAGCAACAUGUACAAACAAAUUAUGGACUCCUUUUACUACUGUGAAAUUCAAAAGAAAAAAUUUCAACAAAAGAAGGAAAAGCAUGAUAUCAAGAAAUUGCUGAACAUUCUGUCUAUUGAAUACAUCUUCGCCUCUAUCAAUGUGUUCCUAUCCAAAUUUGAAAUACAGAACAUAAUACAGGAGUAUCACUUUUACUAUAAGUACGUGCUUCCACUGCUGAUGCAGGGCGGGGCUCCCGUCGGCGAAUCCCUUUCCAUGGCUGACGGUGUCACGCUGGUGAAUUAUAAGUCUGACGACGACCUCCUCCUGCAAAACGUCUUCUUCGUGCGGCCUCCGGGGGGCACGGAUACCCAGGCACAUUCCGACAAAGAGCUCCUCAGCGAAAGUUGCACAGACAUCAAUUCCAGUCAACAAAAAAGAAGGAACGAAAAUGAGGAAGAUAACCUGAGCCAAGCAAAUCCAAGUGGUACGGACAACCCCCUCGAGGGGGAUAUCACAAAGGACUGCGAACAUAUAUACUUCAACAUUAAUGCGUUUAUUUAUACCUACUUCAAUUUCGCCACGGAGGAAGAAACAAAUUUGGACCAAGUAAUACAAAACAUAGGAAACUAUUACAAAGAUAGCAAUAAAAAGAAAAAAAUUUCUUGUAGUGAUUUUUUCGAGAUGCUAGAAAAUCACGGAGAAAGCAUGGACCAAAAUGAGUUCCAAAGAAUUUUUCAAAUUUUUACAAAAAGUGAGGAGUUCCUCGACGGUGAAGACAUAUUCGACUUGGAUUUAUUGAAGGACUUACUCAAGUAG